AUGGUCAAGCUCGGUGCUCUCGCCUUUGGGCUGCUCACAAUCGUCGCUCAGGUGAGCGCUCAGCAGACAGUCAAGGUCAUGCCGUUUGGUGCUUCCAUAGUCAGCAGAUGUUGGCGCGCCAACCUCCAGACCAAGCUCCGCAACGACAAGGUCACAAACUUCGACUUUGUCGGCUCGCAAACUGGCAGCUGUGCUGGGGCUUCGAUAGACCAGGACCACGAGGGCCACCCAGGCUCUCUCGCCACGGACUACGCGAAGAACGGCAACCUGACCGUCUGGCUCAAUGCCAACCCGCCUGAUGUCAUCCUCAUGCUGCUCGGGACCAACGACGUGCUCAUCGGCAAGAAGUCGACGGGCGAUGUCCUCAAAGCCUACGACGUCCUGAUCGACCAGAUGCGCGCCAAAAACCCAAAGAUGUACCUCAUCUUCUCCAACCUGCUGCCAUUGGAUCCCAAGCGCUGGCCCCAGAGCGGUGCUGAUGGCAUCGUCAAUCUCAAUGCUGCCAUCAAGCAGUACGCACCGAGCAAGAACACGCGCGCCAGCCCCGUGGUCUUUGUCGACAACUUCACCGGCUUCGACGCCGUGGCCGACACAACGGAUGGCGAGCACCCGAAUGAUUCUGGAAACGAGAAGAUGGCGACCAAGUUCUUUGCCGCAACGAGAGAUGCAAUUAAAGCUGUGAGUGCCACCAAGAAGACGACGCGUGCGGGUGGCUUCUUGAGCCGAAGGCUGGCGAUGCUGGCGCAGUAGGAGGAGAAUACACAUGUGGGAUGAUUUGAUGACACGACCUGUUAUGAUUAACGACUUAAUGUCUGAUGCAUAAGCAAGUUUUUUUUUCUGUUCCGGCGUCUUGACUUUGUAGAAACGUUGAUGAGGACCGUGAAUUGACCAAUUGUAUAGAUUGCACCCGACUCACCUGAGAAUCCCCAGGCUCUAGCUCCAGCCCAAGCUCAAGGCCAGAAUGAGACCCCUCCCAUGGUGACAUCGACCGCAAGGGUGACUGCUCAAGCCCAAAGCAAUUCUCCGGCAGCAGCCACAAGCAUCGUGCUUAUGACAGCACAAACGCAAGCGAAAGGCUCAGCAACCUCAGUUGCGACGACCACCGCAACCCAGGGCAGCCAACAGACAUCAUCGGCCACGAGUCUGAGGGCUGCGUGGCCUCUGAACGUGUGGAGAGGUGUCUCAGCGGUUUUUAGAGGAUCGCGGCAGAGCGUGCUAUAG